AUGGUCAAUACCUCCCAGACCACCCGUGCUUCAACCGAGACCUCUCCCAAGUCUUCAACGGCUAGCAGUCCAGUUCAUACCGAUGUUUCGUCCGACUCUCGGCCUUCUUCUUCGAUGUCGGUACCUGAAGCCCCUUUGAAUUCACCGGUCAACAGUGAUUCCUCCGCUUCCAGUUCCUCCGAAGUCCACAAGACCAAAGCUCAGUAUGUCGAGGGAAAAGUAAGUGAACUUUUAGACUGAUCUAUUUCUACUAGGCUAGUUUUAAUCCUGUUUAACACUACUUUUUAAUUUACCCAUAAUAUUAACCCUACUAAUCCCAUUUUUUCAGCUUCCACAAGUCCUCCGAAAGCGUGGUCGACCUAUUGAGAACCUCGGCUCAAUCAACGCCAGUCUAGAUCAAAUUGAGAGGGAAUUCGAGGUGGUCAAGGUCAAACUGCUGUGCUGUCGAACCAAGAAACAAAAGAUGCUGAUCAACGAGGAAAUUACGAGGAUUAUGGCCAAAUUCGAAGAGAUCAAAGCCUCCGUCCAACCCAAGAAGAUCAAGCUGGAGCCUAGACCCGAUUCCGAUGAGCAAGAUUCUUCCUCGACUAGUUAA